AUGCCAGAACCAACUAUUACCCUCUACACAACCCAGACCCCCAAUGGAAUCAAAAUAUCCAUAGCGCUAGAGAUGCUUGGCCUGCAAUAUAGGGUCGAGAAGAUUGACAUAUCGAGGAACGUUCAAAAGGAAGACUGGUUUCUCAAAAUCAACCCCAAUGGCCGCAUCCCUGCCUUGACAGACCUCUUUAGCGAUGGAAAGGAGAUCCGGCUAUUUGAGUCUGGUAGCAUUCUAGAAUAUCUGGCAGAGCAGUACGAUCACGACAACAAGAUCUCAUUCCCCAGGGGCACGCGGGAAUACUACGCUAUGAAGAACUGGCUGUUCUUCCAGAAUGCGGGCCUAGGACCUAUGCAAGGCCAAGCCAACCACUUCACACGGUAUGCGCCUGAGCGCAUUGAGUACGGCGUGAACCGUUAUGUCAACGAAUGUCGCCGAUUGUAUGGUGUUUUAGACAAACAUCUUGCUACGUGUCAGUCUGGUUGGCUUGUCGGUGACCAUGUCUCUAUUGCCGAUAUCUCACACUGGGGAUGGAUAGCUGCUGCGGGAUGGGCUGAUAUCGAUAUUGACGAAUUCCCGAAUGUUAAGGCUUGGGAGAAGCUUAUGGCUUCGCAUCCAGGUACUGAGAGUGGUCGUCAUGUCCCUUCUCCUCAUACCAUUAAAGAUCUAAUUCAGAAUAAGGCAGCUGUGGAUAAAACGGCUGCUGAAGCCAGGUCUUGGAUUCAACAGGGGAUGCAGGCCCAGGCUAAAGGCAAAGUUUAA